AUGCUUCCCCAGCAAAAACAUCGACAGUUCUCGCAAGCAUCUGCUCCCUACUCGUCACAUCAGGGAACUCCGUACCAGAGCCCGCCCACGAUUGGACAUCAGCCCAACGGUCUCCCACCUGCACAGCUCUCGCGCAAGAGGAGCUUCCAGGAAGACUACACAUAUGACUAUCCAGCGUCCCAACAGCACAGUGAGGGACACAUCCCCGUGGAGCUCGCGGGACAUGGCCACCACAUGCAAGCCGGACCAGUUCCCUAUCAUUACCAGCCACAUCGCUCGACUUCCGCACAGUCGCACUCUCAUUCGAGUACUCCUCAACAGUCGUAUGCGUAUCAACAGCAGCAACAGCAGCAAGCGGCGCAUCACCACCACAAGCUGCCGAAUCAGCCUCCCAACAAGCUGCAGAGGACCUCGUACAGUCGUGAAACGCCUGAAGAUGACGAGCAUGGGCCUCCCAGCGUCGUCGGACAACCCGGUAUGCCGGAACCGGCGCCUCGCCCCAAAGGUCCCAAACUCAAAUUCACACCGGAAGACGAUGCGUUGCUGGUGGAACUUAAAGAGACCAAGAACCUCACCUGGAAGCAAAUUGCCGACUUCUUCCCAGGACGCAGCUCGGGAACGCUCCAGGUCCGGUAUUGCACCAAGCUCAAGGCCAAGACUACAAUCUGGACAGAUGAUAUGGUGCAACGUCUUCAACUUGCGAUGCAGGAGUAUGAAGUGGACCGUUGGCGAGUCAUUUCCGGCAAAGUGGGAAACGGCUUUUCUGCAACGGCCUGCAAAGAGAAAGCCAUGGAGCUCGACGCUCCGGACAUGGAAGACACCGAAUAUGUGCGACACGAGAGUACGACCGCCACGAAUCUCCUACCAGGCUCGACGACGACGACAGCGAGAGAACCAUUUGCUACCAACAACCACCAGUCCGAGGGUUGA